AUGGUUUAUCGUCGGCAGAGUGCGGUCUUAAUCGUUUGGUUGGGACUUUUGGUUGUGCUUGAUGCUUUACUAGUAUUGUCUAUUCGUGUCGAUUUUGGCAAACAGAUCCAUUUUUCAAGGCCUUUGACGGCCUCUCAACAAUUAGUUUAUCAUGACAGGAAAAGUUUAGAAGAGUUAGACAAUGAAUUUUCUGAAGAAAUUUUACCUAUUGUUAAACUAUUCACUGAUCAUGGUGAUGUGUUACAGACCACUCGCAUUAGAUGUGAAGUGUGUCAUUCUAUUGCACGUCAUAUUAAAGAUUUCUUAAUGCUAAAUGCUACUCAAGAGAUUACCAUUCAAGAAGGCAUUCUCAUUUGUUCAUUGUUGAAACUUCAAACCCAACGUGUGUGUUCCGAGAUCAUACCCAAAUUUGCUCCUUGGGUCAUAACAGUCCUUGCACAUUCUGUAUUUUCUGCGGAAAACUUAUGUACAAAGGCUCAUUUAUGCCCAAAACCAGACACACCAGAAAAACCAGAGAUUAUUGAUUUACCUGCACCAACCACUAAGAAUCAUAUUACAGUUUCCGAACAACAAAAUGACGAUGAUGAUCAAAGAAUUUGGGUUGUUCAUUUGAGUGAUUGGCAUUAUGAUUCAGAAUAUGUUGAAGGCUAUGAAGUGAAUUGUGGAGAACCAGUCUGUUGCCGUGCACCAAAUGCUUUUGGUGAUAAAGCCACCACUCCUGCUGGUAAAUGGGGAGACUAUAAUUGUGAUGCCCCCAAGAGGUUAAUUGAAAGCAUGUUAGAAUUUUUACCAACUGCUGUACCAAAAGUGGAUUUCAUCAUAUCUACUGGUGAUCUUCCACCACAUGAUGUCUGGGCUGAAACUUCAUCAACCAUAACGGAUAAUAACAAUAAAACUGCAAACAUUUGGCGUCAGUUUUUCACUGCUGCCCCGUUUUUCCCCGUUAUUGGAAAUCAUGAAUCUGCACCAGUCAACUCUUUUCCAACAUCUUCUAUAAGUGAUAUAGCAUCUGUAUCUUGGUUGUAUAGCACAUUGUCAUCACAAUGGAAUGAUUGGCUUUCUGAUGAUGUUCUUGAGUCAAUUGAAAAGAAUGGAUUUUAUUCUGCAAAAUUGCCUAAAUACAAAUUACGAGUUUUAGGUAUUAAUACAAAUUAUUUCUAUAAAUUAAAUCUUUGGCUUCUUAUGAGACCAAGAGAAGAAUGGGAUCCUGAAUGGAUGUUAAAAUGGGUUGUUAACCAACUGGAUGAAGCAGAAAAACUUGGUGAAAAAGUCUGGAUAUUGGGUCACAUGUCUGCUUUAGACCAAGAUUCCUUUCCAUCUAUAGGAGUUUAUUUUUCUCAAAUUGUUGCUAGGUACAAAGAUACAAUUGUCGGUCAAUUUUAUGGUCACUCUCAUUGGGACGAAUUCAAUGUUAUCUACGAUAAAUCAAUCAAUGAUCCUUCGAAGGAUCCAGAGGCCGUUGGUAUUGCAUAUAUAGCUCCGAGCGUUACAUCUUUUAAAAACAUGAAUCCUGCCUUCAGAGUGUAUGAAAUUGAUAAAGUGACAAAAAAAAUCCUUAACCAUUAUACUUAUUCCAUGGAUCUUCAAGAAGCGAAUCGUCUUGAUAAGCCAGAAUGGAAAUUGUUAUAUGAUGCAAAAUCAUUAUAUGGACUUGAAAAUUUGGAACCAAAGAAUCUCACAGAAAAAUUCAUUAUUGAUGCAAAUGCUUAUAAAACUUUUAAAAAAACAGCUUCUCGAAAUCAUCACCUCGACAAAUAUGGAUCAUGCUCGGCACUUGAUACGCAAUGUCGUAAUCGUAUUAUAUGUAAACUUCGUGGCACUAACUCUGGUCAUGGUCCAUAUUCUGAUAGUGAACUUUGUAAAAAACAUGGAUGGCUUCCUCAUUUACCUGAUGAUUGGUUUUUGAAUGCUGCAUUGGGAAAACAUGUGUUGAUUAUGAGAUUUGUUAUGGGAGGUGACGAUGCAGUGUGUCGUUAA